GAGCGGGGCCGAGCGAGGCCGUGUAGUGGAAACGCGCCAUUAGAUGCAGACACAGCUUUCAGGAUGCGUCACCUAGAGCUGCAGACAGGUUCAGUGGGGUCCUCUUCGGGUACACAACCAUUGUCAGGUUCUGAUGCUCCUUUUGAUGUUGGUAACAAUAUUCAGCUGGUUCCAGUAUUUCGUGAGUCUGAAGUUGAGUCAUACUUUGUUGUGUUUGAGCGCAUUGCUGCUGCUUUGCAAUGGCCCAAAGAUGUGUGGGCCAUACUGUUACAGUGCAAGUUAGUUGGUAAGGCUAAGAUGGUUUGCUCUUCUCUUCCUGUUGAAGAUUGUAUUGUGUACGAAAAAGUUAAAUGCGCUAUUCUUAAAGUGUAUGAGCUUGAGCCUGAGGCUUAUAGACAGCGUUUUCGUGGCCUAAAGAAAACACCUGGCCAAACUUUUGUAGACUUUGCAAUGGAGAAGAGCAAGCUAUUCAACCGAUGGUGUAAGGCAUCAAAGGUUGACGACUUAACUUCAGUUUGUGAUCUCAUAGUGCUGGAGGAGUUUAAAAACUGUCUCCCAGAACAUACUGUUUUAAAUGAACGAAAAAUAACCUCCUUGCAGCAGGCUGCCUCCAUGGCGGAUGAGCUGGUGCUAAUGCACAGUGGUGUUUUGGCUCAGAGCGAUUCUCCUCAUCGUGUUGGUUUCUGGAAAGCUUGUAACAGGCGUGCCACACAUGCUCAUUCUGUUUCUCUUCCAGGACCCAAGAAAAAGAGAUUGUGUUUCUUUUGUCUUGACCCUGGUCAUCUAGUGGCAGAGUGUAUAGCUCAGAAGAAGCAGGUGGCAGCUUCCAAGCGGUCUGUCGAAAAGCCAAGAGACCAGCACCCACUUGCAAUGCGACAGAGUGCUUCCUCUGCUGCCAGCCGGCGGGCUGCCUUCUCACUCCAACCCCUGGCUUCUGGGAAGGGCACGCCCCCCACUAUGACCCUGCACCUGAAACUGGGUCGGUGAAGUGCGCCGUCAUGCAUGGUGGGGGUGUAGUUGAUCCCCAAUUUGGCAUGUUGUUCAAAACUAUUAAGCGAGUGAUGUGUGUGUUGGGCCCGUGUUGGCUGCUUGUGAGCGGUAUAACGUGUGUUUUAUGGGGGGGGGGUGUUAUGUGCCGUAGUGUUUGUGUGUGUGUCUCUCUCUCCCUCU